GUUUUACCAGUUAAACUUUAAUAAAAAAGAUGGCUGCCAACAGGAACGUGGUUGACAGAGCUCUUGCUGUCCUUCGAACCCUUCCCAGGGUGUCCCUGGGCAACUUGAAGGAUGCCGAGAGAACAAAAAAGUCUCACAGAGGUCGAGGUAUUCACGGGGGCAAGACUCACGGUUUUGGCUCAAAGGGUUCAAAGGCUCGACAGAAUUUUAUGCCCUUGGGUUACGAGACGGGAAACACACCCUUCUAUCUCAGGUUCGGCAUGGAGCAAUACUACAAAAGGCAUCGUUUGGAACGAGAGUAUCCACCCGUGAGCUUGCUGCAGCUGCAGAAGAUGAUUGACCUGAACAGGCUUGACUUUAAACUGCCCAUCGACCUUACAGCAAUUUGCAACACAGGUCUCUACAAACUUUUAAUUUGCUGCAACCAUCAUGGCGUCAACCUCACCGAUGAAGGCUUUGAUAUAUUUAAGGCAAAAGUCAACAUUGAGGUGCAGUGGGCUUCAGAGCCAGCAAUUGCAGCCAUCGAAAGAAAUGGAGGCACUAUCACCACAUCUUACUACGACCCUUUUAGCCUCCAUGCUGUAAUCGACCCAGCAAAUUUCUUCUUAAGAGGUGAUCCUAUUCCUAAAAGGAUGAUCCCACCUGACGAUGCUAUCGCAUACUACACCUCGGCUGAGAAUAGGGGCUACCUGGCAGACCCCGAGAAAGUUUCUCAGGCUAGGCUGGCACUGGCUCAGAAGUAUGGCUACGAACUUCCAAAAAUCGAGGAUGACCCUGACUAUGAGAUGCUGACCACAAGAAAAGAUCCCAGACAAAUAUUUUAUGGCCUCGAGCCAGGCUGGGUUAUCAGUUUGAAGGACAAGGCGAUUCUCAAACCAAAGGACAAAGAAUUGUUGGAGUACUACAGAAGUUGAACUUUACAAACAUUGUUUCUAGUCUAGGAUAUUGAAAUAAAAGUGCAUAAUGUUAAAUUUAUUUGGCUUAGCUUUGAAUUUAUUGUAAUGCAAUGGUAAAUCCAAUUUACAAAUAAGUUAAAAAAUUAAUAGUUUGCCUUAAUUAUCAUCCAAAAUUGCCCAGGAAAAAUUAAUUUAUUUAAUUACAAAUAUCAUAGAAUUUAUUGAGAGAGUCUAUGUAUUGCAGUAAAAAGGGAAAACGAUAAAAAAAAAA